ACCUAGCCCGUGGCGGCGGCGGCUCUGGUCCCAGGCUCCGCGUCUUUUGGGCGACAAGGCGACCUCAGACGGCGGGCCGCGUCGGCCGGGCAUGGCGGCGUGGAGCCCGGCCGCGGCAGCGUCUCUGCUCCGCGGGACCCGCCGGCUUCCUCUUCUCCACUGUGCCCAGCGUAUGUUUGCCUCGCAGACUGAGGGGGAGCUCAAAGUGACCCAAAUUCUCAAAGAAAAGUUUCCUCAAGCUACAGCUAUCAAAGUCACUGACAUUUCAGGAGGCUGUGGGGCAAUGUAUGAAAUUCAAAUCGAAUCGGAAGAAUUUAAGGAGAAGAGAACUGUCCAGCAGCACCAGAUGGUAAAUCAGGCACUAAAAGAAGAAAUCAAAGGUAUGCACGGAUUGCGGAUAUUUACCUCUGUCCCCAAACACUGACCACGCCCUGGCUGCGUAGAUGUUGCUGCUGAAACCUUGGAUGUAUCUUAUUGCCACCAUUCUUUCCUAGGCAUAUGACAAAAAAUUUAUCUAUUUUGUUCAUGGACAUUUCCAUAUUUUAAUUAUAGAAGAAUAUGGUAUCUAUUUAGAUGUUAAUUAAAGGCAACAGACAACUACAAAUUUUUUCAUU